CAAGGUGUAGUAUAGUGUAGCUUCAAAAGAUAAGAGUAAGUUGUUUCACACCACACUUCACACAUCAAAUAGCAACACAAAAACUCCUUUCACUUUUCUUUAUCAAAAACAAACUUUCCACUCUCUCACACCCUUGUUUACUAAGCAACAUCAUUAUUCAACCCCAUUUCAUUUUAAGAAUUUCAUCAUUCUCAUUGUUCUCACAAAUUCAACAAGACAAAAAAAAUGGGAACACUUCACACAAUAGCAACACUAAGAUUGUGUUGCUUCAUAAUUGUGUUGCUAUCUCAAACAGUUACUAUAGCGGUUGGCGAUUUUAUAGAUCAGAAGAAUCUUACAACUAACUCAAAAGAUGAAGUGAAGUGUACGCCGUGUGGUCAAGUUCCAUCUCCGCCGCCACCUUCUCCACCGCCGCCGUCACCGCCGCCUGCUUCCACCGGUAACUGUCCUCCGCCUCCGUCACCACCGAGCUCCGGUGGUGGUGGUGGUUCAACUUAUUACUCUCCACCACCGCCGUCGGUGUACUACUACUCAUCUCCACCGCCUCCGGCGAGUGGUGGAGGUGGUGGAGGUGGCGGUUAUUAUUAUCCGCCACCGACUGGUGGAAGUGGGGGUGGGAAUUAUCCGACUCCACCUCCACCGAAUCCAAUUGUGCCGUAUUUUCCAUUUUACUACCAUACUCCGCCGCCGUCCACGGCGGCUCCGGUGAAGGGAUCGAUAAUGCUCUAUGCUGUCUCUCUUUUACCUAUUUUUCUUGCUUUCUUUUAAUAGAAGAAAAAACAAUGAGAGGAAAAUGGAAAGAAAGAAAAUAAGUGGAUGGAAUUUUGCAGAUCUUGAAGGGUAAAAAUGGAAAAGUGAGGUCAGUGAAUAUGCAAAGUGUAGUUAUUUUUGGUUCUUUCUAAUGGUAAUGUAGGUUGAUCGAAGAUCUGCAAUUUGUUGACAAUUUGUAAUUUAUUUAUAAUUUAUAAUUGUAUUUAGCUUUUUAAUUUUGUUUA